GUCGCUCAGAUGUGGGAGCCGCCUGAGCCGAAUACGAGCAGACUGCCUCUGGUUCUGACGGGAACACCCACUCUCACACACACGCUCGCGCUCUCGGGACCUUCAUUUUUUUUCUUUUUUUACUUUUAGAGCCGUUAUUUCCCUGAAAAAAGCCGCCGCUUUUCGGACCUCAUCAGUUAUCAGCGUGAGACUGGAUUUCACUUCUCACCAUGGACUGCUGAUUCACGCGCUUCACAUCUAACAGAUGGGGAGAGAAGAACUGGGAUAUGAUUCCAAGUGAUGCAGCAAAGGAAGUCUUCACUUGAACCAAGAACAUAAAUGAGUAUUUGCCAUGCUACAUGGGAAGGCUUUGAACUCCCCCCUGGUCUUUCUCCUCCUUCUCUUCAUCUUUGCUGCUGCCUAUUGUCGCUCCUAUCCCCGGUUUUCACGCAAUGACUCAGAAUUCCAGCACUUGGUGCUGCACCCGGACCCCUUUGUCGGGACGGUGUACGUGGGGGCAAGGGACCACCUUUUCCAGCUUGAUGGAUCAGAUGGACUCAGGCUGGAACAAGAGGAGAUCACCGGUCCUGUGAGCGACAGCAAAGACUGCCUCCCUCCAGUCACAGAAAUGAACUGCCCGCAGGCCAGAAGAACCAGUAAUCACAACAAACUUCUGCUGGUAGAUCCAAAAGCGUUGGAGUUGAUCACCUGUGGUAGUGUGCAUCAAGGCAUCUGCCAGAAACGCAGCCUGGCCUCCAUCAAGAAGGUGCUCUUCUCCACUGAGAGGCCUGUAGAUACGCAGUAUGUUGCAGCCAAUGACCCAUCAGUAUCAACUGUGGGGCUGGUGGUGGGGCUUCACGGUGGGGAAAGGACUGUAAUGUACGUGGGUCGGGGCUAUACCGCCAGCCACCCACCCAUCUCCACCCGCCACCUUUCUACAGAACCUGUCUUUUCUUACGAGGAGACGGCUAAGCUGGCUGUAGCUGGACGUCUGUCAGAAUAUGACCAUCAUUUUGUAACGGCAUUCACUCGACGCUCCUAUGUGUACUUCUUAUUUUACCGACGUCAUAUCAAGUCACCGUCAAGGGAGUACCGGACAUACGCUGCCAGGGUGUGCCUGGAAGACGCCUCCUACUAUUCUUAUGUGGAAAUUCCUCUUCUCUGCAGAUCGCCAUCCUCUCCCUACAGGAAUUAUAACCUGCUACAGGCAGCUCAGGUGGGACAAGGUGCAGGCCAGCAAGGCGAAGAUCUGCUGGGAGUCUUCUCCACCCACGUCAGCUCAACAAACAGCAGUCCUUUGGAUUCCUCAGCUCUGUGCAUUUUCCCUCUAGAUGAGCUCGACAGACACAUUGACUCCACCCGUGACCUGUGCUACACCCAAGAAGGGUGGGUGGAGGGUAGAAAGGAGGUGGCCUAUAUAGAGUACGAAGUCAAGUCCAGCUGUGCCAACCUACCCCUGAAUACCCUGAAGGCUUAUCCAUGUGGUUCUGACCACACCCCGAGUCCGAUGGCAAGCAGGGAACCUCUGGAAGUUAAAGCUGCGUGGCAGACCUCAGCAGCUCGUCUCACUGCUGUGGCCGUCAAUAUCAGAGAAGGACACAGCAUUGCCUUCCUGGGAGACUCUAAAGGGACUCUUCACAAGGUAUAUCUUGGCCAAGAUGGUGUUGUGGAGGUAUAUGCGAACACAACAAUACAUCCCAACUCACCCAUCAACAGUGACCUUUUACUGGAUCAGCGUGGAUCACACAUCUACAUCAUGACCAAAACUAUUGUGGAGAAGCGUCCGGUGGCAGAAUGUGGCGAUCACUUAGACUGCCCGUCCUGUCUGUUGGCCAGAGACCCGUACUGUGGCUGGUGUGUUCUGGAAGGACGUUGUGGCCAGCGAUGGGAGUGCCAGCGUGGGUCUGUGCAGGGCCAGUGGUUGUGGAGUUUCAACCAGACACAACAGUGCCUCAGCAUCCAGCACCUCAGCCUCUACAACAUCAGCCGUGGAGAGAAAACUGAUAUUGCAGUGUCAGUAGAAGGCCUCCCCAGUCUCAAACAAGGAGAGGCGUACUCUUGCUUCUUUCAUGACACAGAAACUCCUGCCUUACUCACCACUACUGGUGUGAUAUGCUCUACCCCUGAUGCCAGCAAUCUGCCCCCCAUUGGCCAAGGAGAUGAGUUUGUUAUGGUGACUCUAUCGCUGCGUUUCAUUAACGUGACGGUAGCAGAAACAGAAUUCACCUUCUACAACUGCAGCUUGGUCCAGGAACUUUCUGGGCGCAGGCCAUGCCAAGGGUGUGUUAGCAGUCGCUGGGGGUGUAACUGGUGUAUCCAUCAACAUGUCUGCACACAUGAGCGUACCUGUAGCCAAGGAGUCACCAUCUACAAUCAACAUUUCAUACCACCAACACCCACCAUCCCACCACCCACCAGCAAACCAACCCCAUCACCUCCUCCUGUCCAAACUGCUCCAGCAACAACAACCACUACAACAACACAACCACCACCCACUGAGACAUCUGUCCCCACCACGGCAGCUGUCCCCUCAACUACCACUACUGCAGAAACCCCUACCACCCCUUAUGCUGAAUCCACCACACCAGCUACUCUUUCCACAACGUCCCCUUUUGCCAGGAUCUCUCCCAGAGCCACCCCUGCACACACCGAUGCCCCUGCCACACAUGGAUUUCUCUCCAAUGUGGAGGGCAUAACAGAAGCUGCUGGUGGUGCUAGAAGCUCUUCAAAGGAUGUGGAUACUGACACUUUAAGUAUCACAGAUGAAACUCCCCACAGUAAACUGCCCAGCAGCACUAGUAAUGUAAACUUUCUCCUGAGAUAUUUAGAGCCAUCUGGUGAACCAGUAGCUUCUUCUGAGAUAACCUCAACUACUUCUAGUGAAGUGGCUCCUUUAAUAGGCCUCUCUAUCAGCGACAAGAAGAAAGCCAUUCCUCUGGACACUUCUAAUGAGAAUGUUUCACCUCCUUGGCUGAAUGGGUGGGAGAGCUCAGAGGGAGAGACUGAGGUGGACUCUGAAACGAGUCCAUCUGUUGUCUAUCUAUUCAACAUUACAGAAUUACCUGAAACUGUAACUGACCUCAACUCUGAAUCUGCAGCAAAGCCCCAGUCUGAUUCUUCAGCUGAUUCCUAUUUUCUGGAAUGCCCAUGUGUGGAGAAAGUUCAGGAUUCUACUCUUCUCCCUGUCAAUGUGGACAGGAAGAUCACACUGGUGGGCCAACACCUAAACUUGUUUCAGGAUGAGAAUUUGGAGUACGAGUGUGUGUUGGACAUAGAGAAUCACUUAGUGGUGGUGGAGGCCUCUGUGGAGCCAGAUGACACUCAGUCCUCAGUCUUCUUUAUCACCUGUCAACCAUACCAGUAUCUGUAUUCCCUCCCAAUGGAAGAAUACCAAGCCACAAUAAGUGUCAGGAGAAAAAACAACUUCCUCAUUGACAGCGCUGAAGAUCUGUUUGUUACUUUGUUCAACUGUUCUGUGGGUCGAUCAGACUGCAGUCGGUGUCGUACUGCUGAUCCAAAGUAUGGCUGUGUUUGGUGUGGCGAUGCUACCAGCUCUCGCUGUGUCUAUCAGGGUUCCUGCACUGAUGAGAUCAAAGACACUUGCCCUGCUCCGGUCAUACAUUUUCUGGACCCUGCAUCUGGUCCUGUGGAGGGAGGGACCUUGGUGACAAUUUCCGGCUCAAACCUCGGCCAGAGAGCUGAAGACAUCCAGAACUCAGUCACAAUAGUUGGAGUCGCCUGCAGUGUCAUCCACAGCAGAUAUGAAGUCUCAUCGAGGAUAGUGUGUGAAACGACACGCAGCGGAGGGGAAAAGAGCGGCCAUGCCUCAGUCAAAGUGAGAGGAGGAGGAGUCGGGCUGUCAGCUCAGAUCUUCAGCUUCCAGGAUCCCAUAGUCAGCAGUAUCUUCCCUCAAAGAGGACCCAAGGUGGGGGGCUCGUCUCUCACCAUCAGAGGUCAGAGACUACGGACUGGACAUCCGAGUGAAGUCAGUGUCCUCAUCGGAGGAGUGCCUUGCUUGGUGCUUAAUGUCCAGGAGGAUCAGAUCAUCUGUCAAACCAGAGGCAGCAACAGAACAGGAGAACACAACGUCGUGGUUCGAUUUGGAGGAGCAGAGCGCCAUCUGCAGGGUUUGAUGUAUCAGUACACCUCCAACCCCAACAUCACAAAGGCUGAACCAUCCAGAAGCUUUCUCAGUGGAGGCAGGAUCAUCAAAGUUUCCGGUCAGAACCUGGAUGUGGUCCAAGAACCAAAAAUGAGAGUCACUCUCAGUCCUCCUGAUGCUCUCCCACCCAGACGGAGAAGAAGCAUCAAGAGGAAGAAGGGAGGACGGCUGAAUGGAGGACAUGAUCACCAGGGCCCUCUUAAGAGAUGGAGGAGGAUUGUUUUAGAGACAAACUGCCCCGAGGGUGCGCUCUGUCAUGUCAAACAGUACGAAUCUCACUGCACAGUGAGCAACUCCUCUCUUAUAUUGUGUCCAACCCCUGCUGUGGGUCCAGAGGCCACAGGAGCCAGGGUGAAAGUUCACUUCCUGUUGGAUGGCCUCCAUUUUAACUUCAGCACUGUAAAUAACGAAGCUUUCAGCUAUGAGCCCAACCCAAAGCUAUACCAGCUAAACCGGAACGACCUGAGCAAGCCAUACCACCACAAACCUGACAGCAUCAUCUCUGUUGAGGGAGAGCAUCUGGAUCUUGCCAUGACUAAAGAGGAGGUGGAGGCACGGAUCGGGGAAGGCUUGUGCUCAGUGAUAACUCUGACACACAACCAUUUGUACUGUAAACCACCAGCCCAUCAGCCCUCUGUCACAGCCACUAAAAGUCAGGAUGGCAUGGAGAUCCUGCCAGAAUUUACUGUGAAAAUGGGGAAUCUGAACUUUUCCCUGGGCAGAGUGCAGUACGACAGCCUGCCACAGUCAACGUUUCCUCUGGAGGCCCAGGUGGGAGUUGGGGUGGGAGCCUCCAUAGUGGCUCUGAUUGUGCUCAUCAUAGUGCUCAUAUACAGGAGAAAGAGUAAACAGGCCAUGAGGGAUUACAAGAAGGUGCAGAUCCAGCUGGAGAACCUGGAGACCAGUGUCAGGGACCGCUGUAAGAAGGAGUUCACAGACCUGAUGACAGAGAUGAUGGACAUGUCCAGUGAUCUGGUUGGUUCAGGGAUUCCCUUCCUGGAUUACCGAGUUUACGCCGAGCGCAUUUUCUUCCCGGGCCACCAGGAGUCGCCACUGAGACGAGAUCUAGAUGUUCCAGAGAGUCGAAGACAGACGGUGGAGCAGGGAUUGGUCCAGCUGUCCAAUCUACUCAACAGCAAACUCUUUCUCACCAAGUUCAUUCACACUCUUGAGGUCCAGCGGACAUUUUCACCAAGGGACCGGGCCUAUGUGGCCUCCCUGCUGACCGUAGCCCUGCAUGGCAAACUGGAGUACUUCACAGACAUCCUGAAGACACUGCUUAAUGAUCUGGUGGAGCAAUACGUGGCCAAGAACCCCAAACUGAUGCUGAGGAGAACUGAAUCUGUGGUGGAGAAGCUCUUGACAAACUGGAUGUCUAUUUGCCUCUUCACAUUUCUUAGGGAAUCAGCAGGGGAGUCAUUUUACAUGCUGUUCAGAGCAAUAAAGCACCAGGUGGACAAGGGACCUGUGGAUGCUGUGACAGGAAAAGCAAAGUACACACUGAACGACAACCGGCUGCUACGUGAGGACGUGGAGUACCGCACGCUGACUCUAAAUGUUGUGAUGCUGACUGCAGCCACCAGUGGAGGCACCACAACUCAGACGGUGCCAGCCAAGGUCCUGGACUGUGACACCAUCACCCAAGUGAAGGAGAAAGUUUUGGAACAAACCUGGAAAGGAACAUCUUUUUCACAGAGGCCGCACAUCGACUCGUUGCAUCUUGAGUGGCGGGCAGGUGUUGCAGGUCACCUGAUACUGUCAGAUGAGGACCUAACAUCUGUUGUACAAGGUUCUUGGAAGCGUCUUAAUACACUGCAGCACUACAAGGUCCCGGAUGGAGCAACUGUGGCCCUUGUCCCCAGGAACGGCAAACAUCACCUCCAUGACAGUCAUGAUUACAUGCCUGGAGAAAAGACGCCUAUGCUGGAUGAUGGGGAGGAAGGAGGCAUGAGGCUCUGGCAUCUGGUAAAAGCUAAUGAAGAAUCCGAGUUACCAAAGCACAGAAGAGGCAGCUUGAGGGAAAGAGGUGGGGAGAGAGCCAAGGCCAUCCCUGAGAUAUACCUCACACGCCUGCUCUCCAUGAAGGGUACUCUGCAGAAGUUCGUUGAUGAUUUAUUCACUGCGAUCCUCAGCACCAGUCGUCCCGUCCCCCUGGCUGUUAAAUACUUUUUUGACUUGUUGGAUGAGCAGGCUCUGCAGCAUAACAUCGCUGACCCUGAGACCAUCCACAUCUGGAAAACCAACAGUUUACCGCUGCGGUUCUGGAUCAAUAUCCUCAAAAACCCACAGUUCAUCUUUGACGUGCAGACCUCAGACCAUGUGGAUGCUGUGCUGUCGGUCAUCGCCCAAACUUUUAUGGAUUCCUGCACCAUUGCUGACCACAAGCUAGGACGGGACUCUCCCAUCAACAAGUUGCUGUAUGCUAGAGACAUCCCACGUUACAAACAGAUGGUGGAGAGGUACUACACAGACAUCCGGCAGACCAUCUCAGCCAGUGACCAGGAGAUGAACUCGGCUCUAGCAGAACUCUCCCGCAAUUACGCAGCAGAAGUGAACUGCCUUGUGGCUUUACACGAGCUGUACAAGUACAUCAACAAAUACUAUGAUCAAAUUAUCACGGCUCUGGAGGAGGACUCCACAGCUCAGAAGAUGCAGCUCGGUUACAGGCUCCAACAGAUCGCUGCUGCUGUAGAAAACAAGGUGACAGACUUAUGACCUCAAAGCCGAAAUGGAUUUUUUUCCUUUACGUCUCCUGGACGAAAAAAGGUUUUCUUUAUUUUCCCUUUCUCUUCUUAAAACAAAGGAAGACAAAGGCACUCUGUGAUUUCACUGUCGUUCUGACAGACUGGUUUUCAGUGAUGAGAGAGAUUAUCUCAUGAGGAUCGCUGAUUCUGGCCACGUUUCCUGUGACCUCCUUCAAAUUUCCACAGGUCCUCACACUGGGAUUAAGAAGGACAGCAUGCCACUAAGGAAAAAACUGAUGAAUCUAAAAAGAAGCACAUCAUAAACGUUUGACAUCUCAUUGAUUCUUUGUGUUGAAUUAAAAACAAAAAAGGAGACAGAAAAUGAAAGAGAUUUGAGCAGAACAUUCCCACCCCGAGUUUAAAGGUACGCUUUUCAUCCUCUGUGAGCUGAAAAAGGAGGAUUUCACCUUUAAUGUCGACUGCUGUGGGUUUUUAGUUCGUGUUUUCUUAAAGUCUUAUUGUGACACUAUCAGUGGCCUGUUUAUUGAUCUUUAGGGGUUUUUCCAAUCUGCUCUUGGCUUCCUUAAACCGUCUUUCCAAAGUCUUAUUUUGUUUUUCUGAUCAGUAAACGAGCAUUUCUUUUUUCUUUUUCUUUUUUUUUUUUUACUUUGGUGCCUCAUUUGUUUGAGCUAAAGAGCAUUGUUUUAUAAAGACUCUCAUUUCUCUCUCUUUGUUUAUGGUGGCCAUAUUAAGAUAAACUUUGCAGGAUUUUUUUUUUUGUAUCACCCAAAGAAAUUUGUCCGAUUUUUCUCCAAGAUAACGUCAACAUUGAUCCGUCCUUUUCAAAAUGAUGAAAGUAGAAGGUCAGUCACAGAAUCGGUGAAUGAUUCACCCUGAUCUUCUUCCUGUGGGGAAAUUAAUGCACAAAUACAAAAAUAAUGCACAAAUAAACUUUUAAGUUUAUUGGUAUGUUUUUAAUAAUAAAAAAUUUAACAGCACUUCAGGAUUUAUUUUCUGUUUCCUGAUACAUUUAUUUUUCCGGACCUCGUAAUGUGUUGCAGAAAAAAAGCAGCGUUAAUCCUGAAGUGGUUAUAAAAUAAUUAGAAGUUAAAUCACUUAUGACAAAUUAUUUCUUUUAUUUGUGCAUUUUUGGGGGGAUUUAUUUUAGUUAUAUUGUCGGCACAAUUUUGUAUUCUUCUGGUUUUUUUUAAGUCUAUUUUAUGUCUCUAAACUUUUAUGGGAUUUUUAUUGCAGAUAUCUCGUCUCUGUGGUCACCCGACUCACCUGUGUUACAUUUUCAGCUUCACCUGUAACAUCCGUGUAAAACUGAUGUAAUCUGCAGCCUCCACCAAGAGGCUGAAAUCCAAGUUUUUUACAAACAUUUCACUCAUAACAAAAACAGCUUUGCCCAAUUUUUAUGCUUUAAGUUUUGUUUAUAUUGUUGGUGUUAAAGCGAACGCCAGAUUUUAACAGUGUUGUUGCAGAGCAAAGCUUUUUAUGUUUCAGAAAUGAUCCCGUUUCUUUCAAGACUUUUUUAAAGGAUAUUCAUUUUUAACAAAGAACUGCUGCUCUGUGAUGCCAUGUGUGAAAGGCUUUUUAUUAGUUGUUUUCCAACUUAAUUUAUUGUUUAUUUAUUUUGCUGCAAAUGUUGUUAGUUAUUCCUGUCAGACUUGUAGAGCGGUAAAGAUUCUGCCCCUUUUUCUUGAAGAAAACAUCUUUUGUCCUUUCUCUACCUUUUGUUUGUUGUUGCUUUUUUUGCUACAUCAAAACCAAAUUUACCAUCUGCUGAUUUGAAUUUCUUUACAUUCUGUUUUGAUCUAAAAUGCAUUAAAGAAUAUGAGCUCUAAGGUUUCAAGCAGUUAACUUGUAUAUAAAAAAGUAUUUUUCUCAUUCUUUGCUGUGCACAUACUGUUGCUUGCAGCUAACUUGUGUAUGCAAAGCCCAGGUUCGUUUCGUAGAUACAUACAUCUCCCACGUAAUCUUGACUUUAGUGUUGUUUAACUGAUAGGAUGAGCCUAACAACAGCUUAAUGUGAUGCAAUAAAGUGGUCCAUAUGUGAACA